AUGUGGCAGAGCAGUCCAAGUGUGAAGGCCCUGGGAGGGCAGAAGAUCCUGAAAGUCCAGUGCAUGAAGCUGAAAAUCUGGCACAUCACUGCACAGACUCUGGACAAACAGUCACCUUUGAGCUGCAUGAUGCCAAACCCUGACUCCUGGACCCAGACUCCUCACAGUGUCUUGUUGCUGGCCCUCCUGCUGAGACUCACAGGAGCAGCUGCACAGGAGACUCUGAAGGUGAUUCAGCUUAAGAAGUCAGUGUCGGUUGCUGCUGGAGGGAAGGUCACUCUGAACUGCACUGCAACAUCCCUGUACCCUGUGGGACCCAUUGAGUGGUUCAAGGGUGUAGGACACAGCCGAGAGGCAGUAUUCAGGUUCACAGGAGAGCACUUCCCCAGAGUCACAAAUGUUUCAGAUGUUUCAAAAAGAAACAACCUGGACUUUAGCAUCCGCAUCAGUAACAUCACCCUAGCAGAUGCUGGUACCUACUACUGUGCGAAGUUUCAGAAAAUAGGCUCUGACAACAAGGAGAUUCAAUCUGGAGGAGGUACCGAGUUGUCUCAGCGGCAUACUCCAGCAGGUAGAGAUACAGGGGCCAACAGCAGGGCCACACCUGAGAAGACAGUGAGCUUCACUUGCAAGUCUCAUGGCUUCUUUCCAUGGAACAUCACCCUGAAGUGGUUUAGAGAUAGGAGUGAGCUCUCUCGCUUCCAUACCACUGUGGAGCCUUCAAGAGGAAUCAUCUCAUAUAGUGUCUCCAGCAUGAUCCAGGUGGUGCUGGGUCCUGGGGAUGUCCAGUCUCGGCUCAUUUGUGAGGUGGCCCAUGUCACCUUGCAAACAGGCCCUCUUCGUGGGACUGCCAACUUCUCUGACACAAUCUGAGUUCUGCCAACCUUGAAAGUCAGUCAACAGCCAACACUGGUAUGGAGUCUGAUAAAUAUCACCUGCCAGGUGAAGAGGUACUACCCACCGAGCCUCCAGGUGAUCUGGUUGGAGAAUCAAAAUAUGUCCCGAACAGAAGAGGCUUCCACCCUCAGUGACAAGGAUGGCACCUACAACCGGAUCAGCUGGCUUUUGGUGAAUGCAUCUGCCCAUAAGGAGGAUGUAAUGCUCACCUGCCGGGUGGAACAUGAUGAACAACCAGCAGUCACUAGAAACCAUACCCUGGUGGUCAGGGCAUACCAGGAGAAGAAGGGUAUGGACACUACCCCUGGAUUGGAAGCUUUACCUACUGCUGUCCUUGUGCCUCUGCUCCUUGGCCACAAGAUGCUACUGGUGGUUGGUGUGUCUGCUGUCUACAUCAACAGGAAGAAGAAGACCUGA